AUGUUCACGGCCUGGCUUCCCUCUUGUUCCUGGUGCAUCUGGUCAGAGGUCGUUGAGCAGGCUCCUCCUCCCCAGGUGCACAACGGCACGAAUAAGCAUGAGGGCACACGAGAUGUUAUCACAGUAUGUGCUGAUCAGCCCCGUCCGGUGGCUCCUAUGAAGCUGGUCCUCUAUGAAGACAUUCCUAGUAGUCCGCGUGUCGAUUCACGCUAUUCACUACUGCCCACUCUGGUCACUGAGAGCAGGAGCCUUGCCUCCAGAGCAUCAAAUAGAGCAAGCGUCUUACUCAAGAACAAGAAAAAGCCACAACAUACAUCAGUCCGCAAGUUAAAUAUCAGUGGCCCGACGGACUUCCGCCAUCUCACUGCGAGAAGCUCACCUAUUCCCAGACGCCGCCGUCAGUCCUUUCGACCAUUGGAACUGAGUAUCUAUGCUCCGGGGAACCAAUUGCCAGACCUGCCGGCAUUCGAAAGCUUUGGCCUAGACAACUUUAGCUUGGAAAUAGAUGAUCGGGAUAGCUCAAAAUCCUCAGAUCCGACCCCAGAUUCAACUCUAGCUCUACCGCCCAAGGCUGUUUGUCCAUCAGAACGUAAGGAUGACCAUCAACGCUCAGAGUCCUCUCCAUUGGCUGUUUCCCGAAAGCCAGUAGGCACUACAUCGGUUAGAAAUUCGUUAUAUAUCGAAGUUCAUGAUCGUCGCCACACAAUGCCAGACCCAGAAAAGUUUCAGAACAUCCAAAACUCUCUCUAUCCACCCCGAAUGAGUUGUGAGACUUUAAACGGCUACCCGCUCUCACUCGAUGACCUCUCCAAGCUGAGGCAGAUCGAUCCUGAAAAUCCUCUACCUUGUAUCAAUUCAAGUAGAGGCAACAGCUCAUAUACUCCCACUCCAACACAUCACCUCACUCGCUCUCGCACCAUUACAGAAUGGUUUUCUACUAAACCAUACCACAACCGUCCAACCUCAAGUUUCCGCUUUGACGUAUCACCUUCAAGAGCGCGUACUCUUAGCGGCUCGACGAUGGUCUCAUUAGCUAAUGCAUCCACAGGAGGGUAUUCGUCCCGAAACCCCUCGCUCUCAAGCUCGGUAAUAAUGUCAACUAACACCCAGUCACCUCUCACCUUCAACACGGUAACAGAGAAGGAUUAUGAGGUUUGUGAUUUGGCUAUGGGCUAUAAAACAACACCACGGGAGGCUCGUCCAACUACCCAUGCAAGGCAUCAGCCCAGAACCACUGUCAAAAAAGAGUCAUUCUAUAAUAUACCCCUAGGGCCAAAUGAUAUUGGAGUAGCAUACUGA